AUGGAAGAAGCCAUGAGAAGACUCGCCGGAUUUACGGCUUCAUCGGAAUCUGACCUCUUCCAACCGCCCAACCCCACCGUCCAAAAACGGUGCAACACCACCACCCCCACCACCACAAACUCCGCCGCUAACAAAAGGGCUGCACUCAAAGACAGUAAUGGAACCAAUGGUUCCAUGAGGUACCGAGGUGUUCGCCGCCGUCCUUGGGGUCGGUAUGCGGCGGAGAUACGUGAUCCACAGUCGAAAGAACGCCGGUGGCUGGGGACCUUCGACACGGCGGAGGAAGCUGCGUGUGCCUACGACUGUGCAGCACGUGCCAUGCGUGGUAGCAAAGCUAGAACCAACUUUGUUUACCCUCCUUCACCAAAUGAUACUCUUAUCAAUCCGUUCGCUUUCAAUAAAAGUCAACUGCCGGCUCCGGCGACGGCGCCCUCGUCAGCUUAUGACAACUUCGCCGUUCCGACGUUGCAGAGGAACACAGCUUCGUUUAACUCGCUUCUUUUUCAUGACUUCUUCAACUCUGGUUCGUCUUCUUCGUACUGUAACCCUAACCCUAACCCUAACCCUAACACUAAUCCUAAUUUGUCAUCGGGUUCUACACCGGCCAUCGUUGUCCAUGCUUCCAAAGGUUCCACCACGCCGUCGAUCAAUCAAGAUGACUACAAGGAGUUUUUCCCAUCGGAGCCCGAUCAUUCUGGCUUGUUAGAUGAAGUUUUAACCGGGUUUUACCCGAAACCCAACAAUCAAUCCAAACCCGAACCAAAACCUAAACCUCAACCUGAUCGUGAUCUUACCCACGAGCUUAAAAAAACUGUCGAAUCAAACCAUUUUGGUUUCUUUUUCGAAAAUCAGAGUGGGUUUUCAGCUGCAACAAUGAACAGUCAGCAGAAUCAGUUUGAUUUAGAUCAGGGUUUUAAUGGUGGUGGAGGUUUGCCGUUUUACAGUCAUCAUUCUCCGGCUCCGGUGACAUUUGAUAGUCAAGAAAGCAUCUUCCAAGAUGUGUUUCAGUACCCAGAUUUUGUUGGUUUGUUUGCAGCUAGACUUCAAAAUGCUUGA